UAAAGCUGGAGGUGGGAAUCACAUUGUAGAGAGAGAGAGAGAGGUGCGUGGUCAUAUCGUCAUCUUUUUGCAUUUCUUUACCUUCUCAAUUCCCAAUGUGAGAAAGAGAGAGAACAGAGUUGGUCUGGUAAAAAAAACUUGGGAGUGAGUGAGUGAGUGAAUGAAUGAAAGAAAGAGAUAAACCAGAGAGAGAAAGUGAAAGGGAAAGAAUAAUAUAUUCUAUAUAUCAAACACCCUUUUGUUGUACUUAAUUCCUCAAAUCAAAUGUGGCUGAUUUAUACUUCAUGGAUCCGUUUUUUCCGCUUCUUCAACAGCGUCUUAUAAGUUUCUCAGCUUUUCAAACGCUCUCCAUCUCUUUCAUAUCUAAAAGACUAACUACUCCUGCUGCCACGCUAGUUUUCUCUACUUGCUUUUACUUCCAGUCAUUGUCACUCUUCAUUUUCUCAUUGCUACAGCCAUCCCUUUCUUUCUUUUUCUUGAAUCUCGUCUCCAUAGAAAACUAAACAAGAAAAAGUUGUAUUUUUUACGUCUAGAGAUGGGCAAGGAAUGGCAUUGGGUUGCUGGCAGAUCCUCCAAGAGAGGCGGAGGAGGAGGAGGAGGAGGAGGAAGACUAGAUAAAGACAGUUCAACCACUCCUUCAGGCUGUAUGUGCUCUGUCUUUCAGUUAUUUGAUUUCCAUCAGUUCCAGUUUCCUUCGCACCAGCAGCAGCCUUCGUUAAAGCCCGACUCUUUCCUUCCUCAGCCUGAGCCUCCUGAGACUGAGCUCUCUAUCGCCAAAGGCGCUGAAGCACCAAGGAAUAGCUUGGAGUUAGAGGAGCCUUCAUCGCCAACUACAGUUACAGAUGAUGAAAGUUUAAAUAUCCCAAUGGGUAUUCAAAUUAAAACAACUAUUGGAGAUGCAAGUUCAAGAGGACAAGGAGCUCCAAAUGAUUCUUCUUCCUCAGAAAUCAGCUCUUCCCCAAGUAUCAAGACCCCAAAUUUGGUCGCUAGACUCAUGGGUCUUGAUCUUCUUCCUGAUCAAAGCUUCUCUCCUAUCUCUUCUCCAUCAACUCAUGGGAUACCAAAUCCUUUAGGAAAAUCUCAUCUACACCACCAUUUUCGACGUCGGCAGUUUCUCCAAAGCAAAACAAGUGGCCACAGAAGUAGUUUGGACAGUGAUUUUUCAGGUACGCGUUCUUUGCCGGAGACUCCAAGAAUAUCUUCAGCUAGAAGAUCAGAUGUGGAACACCGCUUGUCGCUUCAGAUCAAUAAAGAGAACCUGAGCCCCAAUGAAGAACUGAUUCUCUCUCGUAUCUCAUCGUUAAAGAGAAAAGAGCUCAAAACUGAAGAAGAGAAUAGAAGUCCAGGCCACUAUGCCAGGCAGAUUGUGAAGCAUGUCAAAGAAAGCGUUAGCAGGAAGGCUGGUUUGGACAUUACAAACACGGUCAGAAACAGAGAUCAAGCCAGCAGAGUAGAGCUUAUUUGCCAAGUGAAGUCCAAGAAGUUAAGCAAGGUUCUAACUAAAGCCGCUGAUGAUUCAAGUCCAGGCAAGCAAACAGCUUCUUGCUCACCAAGACUCAAAUUCUUGGAACCCAGGAAUAGGCCAAUCCCCAGUGUACCAUCCACCAAGGGCCACAGUAUUUCUCAAUCUUUACAACCAUCAAUUCCGGUACAUUCACAGGUCAAUAUCAUGACACAAAAGACCAAAGCUCCAACAAAGUCUAAGUUGCAGCUGGUGCAAGAGCAAGAGUACCUCCACCAGCAGCAACAGAUACCUAUCAAGAAGUGCAAGAAAGUGGCUGAAGAGAGGUUUGGUCCACCACCUAGACUCAAGAAACCUCCGCAAACUUCGGAUAUUAUCCGAAACAAGCAGGAAGAACCAUUUGUGCGUCCAGCAAUGGCAACCAGAGCAAACAUUCCUGACAAGAAAUGCAAGAAAACCCCACUAUCAAAUGACCUGCUCCUCCUUCCAGUCAAGAAAGAUCCUACUCCUCCGGCCACAAAGAUUCCUCAGAAACCGGCACCAAAUGCUCAAGAAUCGAAACGUAGCUCACAGUUAUCUAGUUGUUCGAGCCAGUCGUACAACCAACGAGAAGCGCUCAACGCCCGAGGCAGUAACAAGAGCAGCAAUGAGGACAGGUCUAACGGUGCUGCCACCACCACCAUCACCGGAGAUGUAGCAGCAGAAGAAUAUGAGUACAUCACUCGAAUACUAAGACGUACUGGCAUAGACAAGGAUACCCCAGUGUCGUUUACUAGGUGGUUCUCUCCAUCCCAUCCAUUAGACCCUUCAAUUUUUUAUUAUCUUGAAUAUUUCACCACUAUUUCGCCUGCUUCCACCAGCAAUGGAAAUUACGCUUAUGGUAAACUCAGGCAUAGGUGUAAUAGAAAGUUACUGUUUCACCUUGUGGAUGAAAUGCUGGUCGAGAUAUUGAAGCCUUACAUGAACAUGAAACCAUGGGCAAGCUCAUCAAUCGGUGUAUGUGAUUUUAUUGCUGGUAAAAAAGACGUGCAUGGCUCACACUUAAUUGACAUGCUAUGUUCGAAAGUUAGAAGCUUCCCCUGCGCAGACUGUCGCGUUCUUGAAGACAUUGAUGCUUUAAUAGACAGAGACAUGCCCCAAUUUCAGCUUCAGAGCGAAGUAGCUUUUGGCGAAGAAGGGGAAGGGAUCGUAUCGGAGAUUGAGAAGGAUUUACUAGACACAUUAACACAUGAAAUGGCGGUGAUUCUUUAUGGUGAUAAGUGAAACGGCAAGGCGUUUUUUGAUGGAUAAGAAUAUAAAAGAGUAAUAAGAGAGAGACAGGAGGCAGAAGGGUCACAUGGGGUCAUUCACGUGAUGAGAUGCUAUUCGUUGGGGUUAGUUGUGGACCCCGAGAUUGGGACUUGUAAAGAGGUUUGAGGUCUACACGUGGAAAUAGCUACUCUCGGCCGACAACUCUCGCUUUCUGAUUGGUUCUCAAAAGACCACAAUUGGCAGAGGAAUCCCAUUCUCUCUCUCUCUCUUGUAUAUUAUACAGUAUUUUAUUUUUUUCUUUUUAAUGUUAAAGAGGUUUAAUUAGGAAAAUAAAUGGGUUUUCCUAAUAAAGGCCAAAUAUAAUAAUAUAUUAGCUGUAAUUACUGUUUCAUGUA